UACGUAAUUAUACACAAUCAUUGAAAAUCACAUGAAACAGGAGAUUAAUUUGGCAAUAAUGUUUGUUUAUUUGUGCAUUAUUGAUGGUUUUUAAUAGCCAAAGGUUGGGAGGAAUCGGCGGUCAUUAAUGAAAUCAAUCGAUCACACGGAUCAAGAUCACAUCCGGGCGAAGUGCGUCUGCGCGGUGGCGGCGGUGCGGUGGUGCGCAGAGUUAUUCCCAGAGCGUUCGGCGCGGCGGGCGUGCGGGCGGGGCGGGGUGCGCGGGAGCAGCGCUCAGUGUGUCGGCGCGCGCCGCCGCCGCCAUGGGCAAUCAACACUCCGCCGCACACAUUGCUAAGCCCAGGAAGAACGUGCACUGGAAGUCCGCAGGGCGACCAGCACCGCCUGGAAAACCGGAUAUCAUUCCUAUACUUACUGACGAUGAGCCGAAUGCCAUUACUCUACGGUGGGCGCCCGCAGCGCACGAUGGAGGCGCGCCGCUGCAGGGGUACCAGGUGGAGUGCAAUCGCCUGGGCUCGCCCGACUGGAUCCGCACUGCACCGCCGAUUGUUCUUCGACCUGAGCUCGUGCUUACGGGGCUGGAGCCUCCACAUCGCUACCAGUUCCGUGUGGCAGCCCUGAACGCUGUCGGCCGUUCAGAAUACAGCGAACUCUCCGACGUACUUACGGUUAGCUUCGAACGAGGCGCUCAGGAAGCGCCCGUCUUCCUCCAACAUCUCGACGAUAUUACUGCCCUUGAAAAUGAUAAAACUGAAUUCCGCGUGUCAUUUACCGGCGCGCCUACUCCUACUAUAGCCUGGUUUAAAGAUGACUAUGAAAUAUUCAGCAGCCGACGAACAGCUAUUACGACCGAUGAGUCUUCUAGCGUUUUGGUCUUUCACCAAACUCUGGCUAGUGACGAGGGUGAAAUCAAAUGCACGGCCACUAAUCGCGCUGGACACGCUGUUACCAAAGCGCGGCUGGCCCUCGAAGCCGCACCUAAACUACGCUAUCCGCGACAGUACGAAGACGGAUUACUCUACGAAAUAAACGAAACGGUUUUCUUAAAAACUACAAUCGUAGGAAAGCCAACGCCGAUAGUCGAAUGGCGACAUGAUGGUCAACCGAUAAUAGUAGACGACCGCGUAGAAAUUACGAAUACACCUAAAUAUUCUGUGCUAAAGAUUCACUCGGCGCGCAGAAGUGACCGAGGAGAAUAUCAAGUGCAUGCAAAGAAUAAUAUAGGCGAAGACACAGCCGCCUUCUUGGUAACGAUAACGGCGCCACCAGACCCACCUAAGCGCGUGUCGGUAACACGACAAGUAGACAAAUCUGUCACACUGGACUGGGAACCACCGGAAGACGACGGUGGUUGCCGCAUAGGAAAUUAUGUAGUCGAGUACUACCGCACGGGAUGGAACGUAUGGUUAAAAGCGACGACUAGUCGAAAGACAAACGUGACGCUCUUCGAUUUAAUCGAAGGGAGCGAGUACCGUUUUCGUGUGAAAGCCGAGAGUCCUUAUGGUAUGAGUGCACCGAGUGUAGAGUCGGCGGCUGUCAAAAUACCCGGACGCGCUGUGGACGUAGAAUUCCUGGCGAUAGAGUCACGGAUUAUCAAUGAAGUAUUAACGAAAGAGGAAGGCGAGGUGCCUCGGGUGUCGCCGGUGCCGCGCCGUAAACGUGCAAACACCGCACCGGAGGCGGCCCCGCCGUCCAGGAUGCCUCGUACUGAUUCCAAAGACCCAGCCGGUAGCAACGAAUUUAUGCUCGUAUUGUAUCCAGACAAGGACGAUAAAGCGGAAAAAAGGAAAUCCUUUCAACUGGACCUGGAAGACGCGCUGUCUCCGCCGCCGAUAUCACUGUCAGCCCCGGAAUUGAGCUCUCGCUGCAUAAUGCCAUUCAAGGCGCUCCGAAAUGCCGUCAGCUCUACGGAACUCCUCCACGAACGAGCAAUGGCCCGCUUCUACAAAGCUGUGCAAAUGAAGGAGGAACAAACAAAACAAAAAGAUGACAAACCCUCCAAAAUCGAUAUCAACACUGACAUUCCGUAUACUAGCCACGCGAAGACCUACGACGUUCCAGAAACGAAAAAACUCAUAGCAAUACAAUCGAUACCAAAAACACCAGAGAUUUUUAUCAAGACAGAUUCAAUCGAAGAUAGACACUACAAAUACAACUCGAGACAAGCUUCUCACGAUUCCGAAACUUCGGAAAACAGAUGGCAGCAAAAUAUGUCAUUUGAUGAAGAUUACACGGCCAGCACUGUUUCGACAGAUGGAGAGUAUUCAGAUGAGGAGGGAAGUUACAAUGGAGAGCUUGAUAGAAGAAGUCAAUAUUCAAAUGAAGAAGAUACCUAUAAUCCAAGAAAUAAAAUGGCACGCCAUUCACCUUCUUGCGUAGCAGAAGAAGUUGAAGAAGAAGAAUCCGAAAAAGAGAUUUUGAAACCCUUACCUCUCCCUGAUCCUAAUUUUGUUCCUAAACCAAUAUUAAAAAGAAGAGAAUUAGAUUUACCACCACAGACUAAACAGAUGCAACCAAAAAUUGAUAAAGGGAUGUCAAAUUCAAUAGAUGAAAAAUUUAAACCUGUAUUGAAACCCAAGAAAGAUGAAAAAAUGUCUAUGUUUAAGAAAUUUACAAAAAUGCCCGUACAGAAACCUUUUCAGUUUCCAAAGAUACUUUCUAAAAAGGAACCUGAAAAGCAAAAAGAGGAAGAAUCUCUUCCAAAUAACACAAAUAAAAUGCCUAAUAAAACAGAGAAUAUUCGAGAUAAAGUAAGUGAUGAAGGUAGAACUGUUAUAGACUAUUACACUAAUAUAGUCAAGGAAUAUGGAAGUCAAAAGAAACCUACUACAACCCUUUACACUACAACUGAGGACCUUAAAACUGUAGCGGAAAUACAGGAAAAAACAGAAGUAGGAACAAAGGAUCCCAUGCCUGGCGGAAAGAAGGUAGUUAAACAGAAAAAAGCAAACAGUAAAAAAAUAACAAAAUCUAAGCAAUUAAAUUCAAUCGAUAAAACAAAUUCGAAGCAGAUUUCUGGUAGUGAAAGACCUAAAGUCGUAAAAAAAUUAAACUCUACGCCACACGCGCAAGAAAAGCCAGUCAGUUUACAAGACCGUAACAAGAAGUGUACCCAACAAAUAGUUCUUAAGAAAACCGAAAGAGCAACGAUCGUAAUACCAAUAGAUUACCAAGAGCUAGAACAAAAAGCUAAAGUAACUGUAAGAUCCGCCAUCGACUACACAGUGGACAUGUGUCUGUUACUCUUGGCGUUCUGGGUUUACUUUUUCAAAGAUGAACGGCUCGCUAUCCCCUUCCUCAUUCUCAUUAUCUACCGACAACUGCAAGAAACCUUCCUGAUGAACAUCCCCGACUGGGUCAGGCGCCACACUCCCAGCUGGAUCAAGAAAAAGAUUUCUUGACCGAUUCCAAAAGACAUAUCGUGCGAUAAUCUGAUUGAAUUGUGAACAUUGUAUGUUGAGUGAGAUGUGAUUUACUUACUUUAAUAUUUAAUAUAAACUUCUUUGUGUUUACGAA